AUGGCGGCCACUCAGUCUACAAACCCAUCGCAGCUGCUCCCGCUCGAGCUGGUGGAUAAAUGUAUUGGCUCUCGGAUUCACAUCGUUAUGAAAACCGACAAAGAAAUAGUUGGCACCCUACUGGGUUUUGAUGACUUUGUCAAUAUGGUGCUGGAGGAUGUCACAGAAUUUGAAAUCACACCGGAGGGAAGAAGGAUAACCAAACUGGACCAGAUCCUCCUCAAUGGGAACAACAUCACCAUGCUCAUUCCUGGUGGAGAGGGACCCGACGUGUAA